AUGCACUCCGUCAAACGGGCUCUGAACCGAACUACCUGGGGUGUUCGAAGCGGUCCGACCAGCUCGAGACACUACACAAUCAUACCACCACGACCGUCUCUCCCUUUCCCGACUCCAGAGAUGAAUAUCGGGUCCGGGAAUGUAGCAUUCGGAGUCACAUGCCCCGGAAGCCUGAUGAAACAGCUCCAAGUCGAAGUCCCUCAUCAUGUUCGCCAGAUCAAAACGCUCCAGCUUUCCUUCAGUAAGGAACCAGUCACUUAUAUGUGUCCCAUCGGGUGUGGUGACAUUAAAACCGCAACCGACUUCAUUUCCUCGAUAGACUCUUUGGAAAGUCUGUCGGUACUGAGCUAUGAGGCCGAUUCUUCUGAGCUCUGGGCGGCGAUUCGGAAGCACGCGUGCUCGCUGAAGAGCUUGUCGAUACACACACCGCCCCAAAUGUGGAGUGAUACAUGGACACCCGCAAUGCUAGACCGCCAUUGGCAUGGGUUUAGCCAGCUUCGAAGGGUAGAAUUGGAUGUCACUGUCCCGGAAGCUGAGGCUUAUCUCGCUGGAAAGCAUCCACUUCCACCAGCACUCGACACUGUCACCAAGUUAGACCAGAUCAAACAUUUGAUUGUCAACAUCAUCCUCAGCGACGAAGCUUCGGAUUUCGCGCCUCAACAUACUUGGAACGCCAUGGGGUGUAUCUCGUUCCCUCCAACGAACCCAGACCAAUGCAAGAAGCUAGCUGAGGAAAUUUUCACCAACUUCCAAUCCGCGCAAUCUGCUUUAGAGGGCUUAGAGGUCCGUUUUACUAGGAGAUGCUGGGAUGACAGAUGUCAGUUCUGGACACUAGCGCAAUCGGUUCACGCGAGGCUCACGGAGAAAGGUGUCGAGAUCAAUGCGGGCUCUUGGGGCAGCUAUCUGCCUGAAUGGCCCACUGGCGACGAAAUGAAGCAAUUGACUGGAGAAAACAGAUCUUCACUGUGA